AUGAGCAGCGCGACUCACCCAUACACGCGCAGAAGCAGUGAGAGUGAUCUGCAUUUGCAGCUUGUGCGGAUUCUCUUUCCUGCCUAUGUAGGCGAUGAAGCUGUGUCUAAGGCUUUUUUGAGAGAUGCAUGUGUGCAAGGCGAACUACGUCACUUGCCACCUUGGGUUCGUACACAGGCGUGGAAAGUAUUUAUAGGCUACUUGCCUACCGACAAAGCUGCCUGGUACGACUAUCUGUGCACAAAGAGGAACGAUUAUCAGCGAUGCCUAGAAGAUCUCUCGCUCGAUUGUGUGCCAGGCACGCAGGUCACAGCAGAUCGCGAUACAUUACUGCGCCGCAUUUAUGACGAGCUUUGUGAUGCAUCCAAGCAGUCUGAUUUUUUGACAACGUCUGUGGCGUGGCGGGAGGACGACGAGGUGUAUGCGGCGGACGGCCUACGUCUUCGGCACCAAAUCCUCCAGCGUUUGGACCGACUGGCUUGUGGCUAUGCACUCUCCGAUGAUCGAUCUAUGACAGCGUACGUGGACCGGCACUGGCACUCUCUUCUUCGCAUUCUGUACAUGUAUGCGAUUCUGAAUCCCCGCGUAGGGUUUGUACCGCGUAUGGUCCAAGUGGCAUGCAUGCUUUUCCAUACGUUGUGUAGUACACGCGAUGCGCCUACACAUGGGACCAAGGCCUGGGAAGCCGAGGUGCUUGCGAUGGGGCACCCAUUUGCCACGGAAGCAGAUGCCUUCUGGUGCUUUUCGCUGCUUAUGGGCGACUUCCGUGAGGUCUACGACUUGGGCAUGAUGGACACGACGUCUGUAUCCGAUUGGCGCGAUAAGGAGGAUGAGUACGCCUUGCCUCCGUCGUGGCUUUCUAGUGGCCUUUGUGUUACCCUGCAGCAAUGCAGUGCCACACUUCGCGAUGUGGAUCCGACACUAUGGACAUUCUUAGCCGAGCAUUCCUUGGAUCCUCAAUGGCCAUGGUACUCGUACGACUGGGUGCUCACGCUGUUUGCAGGAUACCUUCCUGAGCCCAUGGUACUGGAGAUCUGGGAUGUCCUUUUUGCGGAGAGCAGUGUAACGAUGUCUUCGUCGACGAACGUGCACAUUGAUAUGCUAGUUGAUCUAUGCUGUGCUAUGCUGAUGGUGGUGCGCGACGAGCUUUUGCAUUUGCUUCUAGCCGAGGCAGAGACGGAUCCUCGCGCUACCUCGAUGGAUUUGCAUGCCCGAGGCAUGGCUCUUUUGCGUUCGUACCCUAUCCACUCUGCGCGUCCGAUCAUUUCCAUGGCGUUGCAGCUUCGUGAGCAGAGACACGCGUCGUUGCCGCCUGUGCCCACAGAAGCGCAACGUCGUGCCUCCCGCUUGCAAGAACGUUUGGCCGCUAGUGUGCAGCGUGGUCUGCAGUCUCCUUCGCAGCGCUCCCUAUCUGGCCCUGCCUCGGAUGUAUCAUCGGACGCUUCACAGACGCGCGUGGACGAGGCGGCAGAUUCUACGCCUACACGUCGCGUUUCCUCCGGACGCUCGCCAGCAUCGCAGAUUUUGCAGCGAUACUCUCAUGCCAUUCAGGACUCGGAUACCAUUGCAAGUGUCUCCAAGGCCGGUACCAAUCUGGCGGCAAAAGCAUUGGCAUGGCGCAAGCCUUCGACGGAUCCAUGGACCACGCCGGAGCGUAUACGUUCGACCACCUCGCCCAGGCCGCCGUCGGCGCCGACAGUGCCUGACUUGCCGAUGCCUGUUGUGGUGGAUAGUCCUGAUGACCGCGAUCAGUUUGCGCCCUCGACUCGGUCUUCUUCCACGACGCGCUACUCGCCUGACACCGUACGCAUUUCGCCGAUGCCAUCACUGCGCAAUGACAUUGACGACUCCGCCUCGUUCUCCUUGCCGAGUCUACAUACCGCUGCUCGUCUUGGCCUGCUGCCCACCGCGAGCCCUGACGUGGCUAGCACGCCUGUGUUUGCAUCGCAGGACAAGUUACCCAUACGCCGAUCUGCGCCGAUGCGGGCUCGGCGUACACCCUCGCAAGCCAGUGACGCUUCCAUCUCGUCGCGCCACUCUUCGUCAGAGACAGGCUCUCGUCGCUCGUCCCACUUGUACUCUACGCACCCACCUCGCCCUCUUCCUCCUGUCCCUCGUACGCACACAACAGACGGUCGCACGUCAUCAUAG